UAAGCUGUCUCAUACGACGGUGAUGUAAUUAAUACACUGAUUAAAGUUUAACCAAUAGCUUAUUCUUGUCUAAGACAGGUUAACCGAUCCCUGAUUGCCGCCGUUAAAUCUCCAGUUACCUCAGAGCACAGACUAAACUAGAGCAAACUUUUAAACGGGUAACGAAGCAAGAAGAAACGUUUAUGGCUAUUAAAAGUAUAUUUUAGUUGACUUGAGACAAACUUAUUUUCUUUGACAAUUUCUUUCAGUCCUUCAACCCCUGGCUGUCUCCGGGACGCAGGAAACAACGGUUCAGACUUAACUACUUUCUGUCGUUUACCAAAAGUGUUUUCUUUAUUUAUUCUGUAUACAGAUUUAUUUUUGCGCUUAUCAGCACCUCCUCGUGGUUUACUUUAUAAUGUCUCAUCCACAGCUUCCUCCGACCAAAACUGUGACUGUGUUCAGGAACGGAGAUGCUUUUUACCCGGGCCGAAGGUUUAUCAUUAACCAGCGCCAGUCGGUGACUUUUGACACUUUUCUGAACACUGUCACUCGAGAUAUCACGGCACCAUUUGGGGCAGUGCGAAACAUUUACACCCCUAAUGGUCACAGUGUGGUGAAUCUGCAGCAGCUGAUGCACGGACAGAAGUAUGUGGCCGCCGGAGCAGAGAGACUGAAAAAAAUGGACUAUAGCAACAUAACACAGAAACCAGCAAAAAAGAAAAGUGAAUCGAUUCAACCUGUAGUUCACAGCAGAAUAAUUGUCCCGGCUCGAUGGAAGAGAAUCAGUAAUGAGUCGUGCACCAUCAAUGUUUUUAUCAAUGGAGAUAUCUUGGUUCCUCCAGCACGAAUCUUGAUACCAAAACACACACUUGCUAGCUGGGAAAGUGUAUUGGCCAUGGUGACCGAAAAGGUUUCCCUUCGCACAGGAGCUGUGCACAGAUUGUGCAUGCUGAACGGGAGGCCUUUACGUGGAGCGUACGAGCUGCAGAACAACCACAGUUAUGUUGCUGUAGGGGCAGAGAGGUUCAGGUCUUUGCCAUAUCAUCUGGCACCAAGCAAAGGAGCAAUUCACAGCUUCUCCGUGAUCAACAAUGACAUUCUUCCACCUCUAAGAAAAGAAAAACAAGACCGAAAUCUGUUCGCAAAACCAGGAGUGGACGACGAGGGCUCUAUUUUCUAUGCCAAACAGUCCGGGCAGGGCUCGAAAAUCCCAGAUUUCUACGCUACGGAGGAAAGAAGUGUCUUCAGAGCCACCAGCAAAAGGAAGGAGGCAGUAGUAGCAUCUGAAGUCCCGGAAGAUGAAGAUAUAAAGGUGGAUCUUCCAUUAGAACAGAUGGAAGUGGAAGAAGUCGAGGAGGAACAAAACUUCUAUACAGACGUCCAACUAGAAGGCGGUGGUGAAAGCCCUGUCAAAAGCAUUCAAAAUGCAUCUCCUUCCGUAACCAAUAAGGUCAAAGAGAAAUUAGCUUUCAACUUAAUGAUGCCUUCUAUGCAUACAAUCUAAAUGUCAACUCUUUACUGACCAGCGACAGUGGGGUGUGUUGAAAUUGUUGUUUUGGCUUGUUUAGAGGUAUUUGGUCUGUAUUGCAUCCACAUUACAGUAAAGCUACAUUAGUUUUUAGAGGUUUCAGUCUACUAGUUUGGUUCACACCAAGGUUCAGAUAGCAGCGUUCACACUUACUGAGCCAUAUUAACAGAGCUAUUAACAAAAAUGUAUUUUAACUGUAGUAUUUGACAUAAUGUAGUAAUUCCAUAGAUAUAUUUGUUUAUCAGGACAUCAUAACAUUUUUUUGAUUUUAGGGUCUUAAAAUUUGUAAGAUAAAACCUCAGCUGAACGACAUCAAUUGGUAUCUUUCACCGUGCUAUUAUUUAUUUAAUAAAAACAAAGCCAAUAUACAAAAGCCAUGACAAACUUACAACCCAGACUCAUUCUGAAAACGUACCACUAUAUACAUUUAUUUAGAGCACCAAAAAUGUCCCAGAAGAAACGUUUUUUGCAGUUUUUGUUUUUGCGAAUCCACCAGAGGCUGCUGUGUACACUUUUUCAGAUCUUAAAUAUCUCUCUCGAGUUCCGUUCAUGCCUGCUUUCUCGUGUAAAUCCACCAGAGGCCACUGUGGACUGAGUGACUGAUUGGUUGACUGACUGACUGAUCGAUCGACUGACCCAUCCUCCUCCUUUCCUAAACCCAACCAAUUGUGUUUUCAAAAGCACCGACUGACCUGUUUUGUUUCAUUGUGGCAUUUCACAUUUCCACUCUUUACAACUCCAAUUGUCUCAUUACAAAUCAAGCAGAAUGGCUUUGUGCUAUCUUGUGGCAAAAUACUGUAAAUGCAUACUUAUCUGUCCAUUAAACUUUGAACUGUCUAUUGUCCUCAUCAAGAUAUCUUCUCCGUGCAACCGACAUCUUCAUCCAUUCAAAUGAUCGCUUUGCUGCCAUGCACGUGAAGCCUCGUAUGAUCACUGGAUGUCAUGACAAUAGAGUCAUGCAGGAAAACUUUGGUCAUGCAGGAUACUAAACAGUUGAUUUACAAGGUUUAUGCAUUUAUCAGUGAAGGAAAUUCACAGUUUGAAUCCUUUACACAUGGCCUUGCAAUACGAAAUGGAGUCUGGUCGGGAUUGAAAGCUUUUGCGGUCCGAGUCCAGACUUUGAGAAGCCCUGCUAUAUAUUGUUGCUCAUCUGAGGUUUUAUUUUCCAAAUUUAAAGCCAUAUAAAAGUAUUUCCCUCAAUAUAAUAUACCCCUGGAAAAUGAAUAAUUUCAGGCUUGACUGUAUAUAUGCAGAUGUCACAUUUACCCAUCACACAUUGAUGUAGCCGCCAUCUUGGUGCAGUCAAAAUGUUGCCAUUCACAUUUUCAACAUAUAUUCAAUGCCGCCACAACAUUCUACAAAGUCUACUGGUAUAUUUCGACUAUUUCCAAAGUUUUCAUUUCUGAACUGUGUUGGUUUCUGUUGGUUUUCAAAAAAAUCAUCUGCAUUUAUAGCAAACUGGUAUUCAUCUAUAACUAUCACUGCAGAUGCAAAGUCAAUGCUUUUGAGAGUUUACAUAAGUUUCAGUGUGGCUGUAUACACACUUGUGUAUAGUGGCCGAUAGGAACAGCUUCUUAUGAGGCAUCUACUGUAUGUGUAUGCAUUUAGGAGAAAAUCCCCCAUUGACUCAGAAUGCGACAUAGUACAAGUCUGUCAUAUCCCUCUCUGCAUUCUCCUCACACAGUAGAUGAAGUGAUGAGGAUACAAGCUGCGAUUUGCCUUUUUUUUUGGUCUGUAAUCUAACCCCCAUAAAAUGACCCCAUUUAGAUACAGCAGUUACUGUGUCCAACAGUCCUUGACUCGUUAUAGUGUGAAUCUCAUAACAUUGAUGAACAGACACAACAAUGCUUCGCAAUAUUACAAUGGCACGCAAUUUCACAGUGCUUUGAAACAGGAAGAUAUCGAGUCUUAUUUAAACAAUCAAUAACAUGCAGCAUUCCGUUUAAUGAAAACUAUAAUUUCAGACAAAGGCAAUUACACCACCGGGUAUUGUUUUGGUGCGGUGACUUUCUGCUGUAGUCGGCAUUUUCAUAAUAAAGAUAUUCUUAUCGGAAUAAUUAUUGACCGGGGAGCUGCGGUUAUUACCUUGUUAAGGACCUCAUCAAUAGUAUAAUUCAUUUCUUAUCACGUUUAGUCCUGUAUGGAGAUUGCCAAAUCGAGGGGGGUGCUAUAGAUCUCGGGAAUGGGCCGUGUGUAAUAGCGAGUAGUAAUUUUCACCAGUCCAGCCUCGGCUAAUUGGCAGAAUCAUCAUCACCGCUCAAAACAUGAUUUGAUUUACAAGAGCAGACGAGGGCUCGCUUUUACGACCGUUCGCAGCGUCGGCACUAAAGACAUGUAAGUGCUAAUCUUGCAGGACUUGCUCAGAAGGACUAACCAUUAACCAUGUUCCCCAGCACUCAACAAUGUCCAAUAAAUAUUCGCACUCUGAAGGCUUGUAUUCCCAUCGCACACAUAGCAGCGACACGCUCUGUUCUUUUUCCCGUCCAGCCGUGUUUAUUAUCCAGCAUCGUAACGCUUGAUUAUGACCCUCCAACUGAUCUAUUUCAUAACAAUCUGACGUUAACGUGUGUAUUAUGGCGCAGAUAUUUUUGCGAUAAUGAGUUACUAUGAAGCUGCUGUGCAUUUCAUAUAGAGGUGACUGUUUAAAUCUGCCGUCGCAGAGUUGAUAUACAGUAUUUUACAAUGGCAUAAGCAUAACAAAUACCUUCUUUUGCUGGAGCUCUAAUGUAAAACGCUGCUUUGUUGAAGAAGUGCUCUGAAAGCAUGUAAUAUAAGGAGGCUUCUUAAGAGCUUGAUGUAUUUGAAAGCUUCUUAAAAUAUUUCAUUCACUUCAUAUGAGUCAUGCUUCAAAAUAAAUAUUACCUCAUCUUGGACGUGCCUUUGAAUUAUAUCACUCCCCCGCUACUGUUACCGGAGUUGCGCUUUUAUUGAUGAACAGAUUCAAUUAUAUGAUAGUGUUUUAGCCGUCUGAACAGAAAUGAUGCCGUUUUUGAUUUGCAUUAACACAUAGUGAACCCCGGCCCGUAGAUAAAAGAGAAGCUAAGCUGUCACCAAGACAUCAACACUGUUUACUGUAAGCAUGUUCGCUUAUGAAUAAAUCACAAACAAAUCUGCUGAAGUGUGUUUUGGUUGUCCAUUUUCAUAGUACGUAAACUCUAAUGUUA